AUGCUCGAUGCUCGGUUCUCGAUGCUCGGUUCUCGAUUCGACAAACAUCAACGCCAAAUCCAUUUCAACUUUGAGCAGUUCCCUGCAGCCUCUGUAGCCGACGACUCAAGUUUCCACAGUCCCUACCUGGCACCUACCGAGGCAGGGUUAGCUAGCUGUGCUACCUCUCGAAACAUCUAUCCCCACAAAGAUUUUCGUCAAGCUACUAUGUACUGGCUAGCGCUCAUCAUGCUUCUCUCUGCCCUCCCCGCAGGUGCUCGCUCUCCUGCGUGUCAACGUGGAUGUAAACCCCAUCUACGGACUAGACCACGUCGGGCUGCAUUCAGCGUUUUGCAUCUAGUUCUUGCUGCUGUUCAAAACCUAGCAACGAAACACUCGGAACUCGUGGGCCGUGGCACGCACGAUAUUGAAUGCUGCGCCCGUCUUCCGGCCAUGCAUCAUCACACCGCCAAUAAAUCAGUCUUGGCAAAUCACCCACGCGUGACCUUGCCACUAGCAAUUCGAAAGAAAGCACAGCACGCAGUGCGCACGCCUUGUGUAUCGUCCACACCAAACGUUGAGAGGACCAAGAGGGCAAAAGAAGAAAGCAGGGUAUCUUGA